ACCUGUUGGAGUAAACAAUCAACAAAGUGCGGCUGCCGUGGAGCUGUCAGGUGUGAAAAAUUGGUGGUUUUUUGAGGAUUUUACAAUGAAAAGUGGCGGAUAAGUUGUGAAAAUCGUUUGUGGAAGCUUGCAAGAUGUUUAUUUACUUGAGUAAAAAGAUCGCCAUUCCGAACAACACCCGGCUCAACUGCAUAGCAUGGAACAAGGAGCAGGGCUACGUGGCCGUUGGUGGCGAGGACGGCCUGCUGAAGGUGCUGAAACUGGAGCAGGCCACCGCCAGUACGGCCCAGUCGGGCAAGGCCCUUCAGCCGAGCAACCUGUCGAUGAACCAAACGCUGGAGGGCCACAAGUCGUCGAUUCACGUGGUCACCUGGAACGAAUCGCAGCAGAAGCUGACCUCGUCGGACCGUGAUGGGGUCAUUAUGGUGUGGAUGAUGUACAAGGGCUCGUGGUACGAGGAAAUGACCAAUGAUCGGAAGAAAUCAACCGUGAGGGGGAUGGCGUGGACCAGUGACGGGCAGAAGAUUUGUAUUGUGUACGAGGAUGGGACGGUUAUUGUUGGAUCGGUUGAUGGCAAUCGCAUUUGGGGCAAAGAGCUUAAGAACGUUUCACUAACUGGAGUUCAGUGGAGUCCCGACGGAAGAUUGCUUCUCUUCAGUAUCAAAACAGGGGAGCUGCACCUGUACGACAACCAGGGAAUAUUUGUGAUGAAACUGAACAUUCAGUGCGUGUAUUUGACCCCUUCGAAGAGCAUUACGGUGGUUGGGCUGUGCUGGUACCACGAUGCAGUAUCGCCGAAUCGCCCAGUUCUAGCUGUCUGCUAUGAAAAUGGUAAAAUGCAGAUUAUGAGGAGCGAGAACGAUGACAGUCCAGUAAUUGUUGACACCAAUAUCCAAGCAAUUUCUUGUAUGUGGAACCACGAUGGAAGUAUCAUUGCAGUUUGUGGCAUGAAAACGAAUCUUAACGAUAAGGAAGUCAACCAAGUUCAGUUCUACACACCGUAUGGAAUUCACAUCAGAACCCUCAAAAUCCCGGGCAAAGAGAUAACCUGCCUGUCCUGGGAGGGCAAAUCCCUUCGGAUCGCCCUCUCAGUUGAUUCGUUCAUCUAUUUCGCCAACAUCCGACCCGACUACACGUGGUGUUAUUUCAACAAAACCGUGUGCUACCUGGAGGCCACCAAGGCCGAGGACACCAGCUUGAUCACAUUCUGGGACACCAACUCGAACCAGUGCUACUCGAAGCAGGUGGAUCCCAUCAUCGGGAUCGCCGCGACCGUGGACCACUGCGUGCUGGCCGUCGAGACCAAGAUCAGCGCGAAGGAGUUUAGCUUUAUGAGCGAUAGCAAGAGUAAGGAUUUUAUGUACCAGCUGUUGGUGUGCAAUUCUAUCAGUACGACGGUGGAUUCUAAAUACGUUGAUUUGAGACCCAACUUCAUCGCGAUGAACUCGACGCAUGUGGUCGUUGCUUCAAAAGAUCAAUUUUUACUGUGGCAUUAUCAUACCCCAAAAGGCGCCUCAACGCUGCACGGCAACGUCAAGGCCAAGAAGGACAAAAAGUACCACAUCGACGACACGCCGGCGCUGGACGUGCUCAACGAUCUGGACUCGAACGCCACCUAUGACAUCCCCUCGAAGACCGAUGCGAGCCAGGAUCCGAUCUGCUGCAUCGCCGUUUCCGAGAGUUUGUUGCUGAUUGGGCGCGAGUCGGGGCUGAUCCACGAGUACACCUUACCGCAUUUGGUGCUGCGAAAUCGACACUAUCUGCAGAUCAAGUGCUACAAGAUGGCGAUCAACUGUAACUCGUCGAAGGCGGCGCUGAUCGACUGUAACGGGUUGUUGACGACGCUUUCGCUGAGGGAGGGCGAGUCGGACGAGCAGGCGGCGUUGGAGGGUCGAAUUGAGAGGAAGGACGUUUGGGCGAUUUGCUGGGCCAAGGAUAAUCCGCAGCUGCUGGCGAUCAUGGAGAAGACGCGGAUGUAUAUUUUGAGGGGUGCGGAUCCGGAAGAGCCGAUCACGUGCUCGGGGUACAUUUGCAACUUUGAGGAUCUGGAGAUAACGGGGGUGUUGCUGGAUGAGAUUAUUAAGGGGGGAGCUACGCCGAACGUUAAGGAGCACAUUUUGCAGUUGAGGGUGAAGUCGCUGCGGGACACGGAGGACUUGUUGGUUCACGUGGGGAUUACGGAGGCGAAGCAGUUUAUUGAGGAUAACUCGCAUCCGAGAUUGUGGCGCCUGUUGGCGGAGGCUUCGGUGAAGAAGUUGGACCUGGAUACGGCGGAGUCGGCGUUUGUAAGGUGUAGCAAUUACCCCGGGAUUCAGCUGAUCAAACGGUUGAAGAACAUUCAGGUGGAAGCGCUUCAGAAAGCGGAGAUUUGCGCCUUUUUCGGAGAGUUUGACGAAGCGGAGAAGUUGUACAUUGACGUUGAUCGGCGAGAUUUGGCGAUAAGUUUGAGGCAAUCGCUGUGCGAUUGGUUUCGGACGGUUCAGCUGUACAAGAUGGGGCCGGGAAUCUCGGACCAGCAGAUGGAGCACGCCUGGCGCGAGAUCGGGAACCACUUCAUGAACAUGCGCGCUUGGGAGAGCGCCAAGGAAUACUACGAUAAGGCGCAUCACGUUGAAGGCCUGAUGGACACCUUGUACCAUCUGGAGCAGUACGACGAGUUGGUCGGUUGUAUGCAUAAGCUACCGGAGAAGAGUCCGAACCUGGCCAAGUUGGGACAGAUGUUGGCCACCGUCGGCAUGUGCGAACAAUCCGUUGCGGCUUAUCUCAAGUUGGGAGACGUCAAGUCAGCCGUCUCAACGUGUAUCGGACUCCGUCAGUGGGGACUAGCCGUUGAGCUCGCCCAAAAGUACAAAAUGCCUCAAAUAAGUGCCCUGCUAAGCAAGCAUGCUGCUCACCUGCUCCAGGAGGGCAAACUCCCCGAAGCUAUUGAACUUCAGAAGAAGGCAGGUCGCUUCCUGGACUCGGCCCGUCUUCUGGUCAAGAUGGCCGAAAGCGAAACGGAGAAAAAGUCCGACUUUGUCCGAAUCAAACAGCUGUACGUGCUGUCCGGGCUGCUCGCCGAGGAGCAUAUCGAGAAGCAGAUUUCACUUACGGGAGGUAACCGAGCAUCGGUUCUGUCCCAAAUGAACCCGGAAGAUUCGGUGCUGAUCGAGAACAUUUGGCACAACGCGGAAGCGUAUCACUACAUGUUGUUGGCGCAGCGGCAGCUCAGGUCGGGACUGCUGCACAGUGCGGUCAUCACGGCGUUGAGGCUGCGGGAGUACGAGGAUGUGCUGGACGUAGAGUCGUUGUACGCGCUGUUGGCGUUGGCGAGCUGUGCGGAUCGGUCGUUUGGUACCUGCUCCAAGGCCUUCAUCAAGCUGGAAGCGCUCGAGAACAUCCCCGAGCUGCGCCGUCAGCAGUACGAGGAGCUGGCGAUCAACAUCUUCUCGCGAUACGACCCCAAGGACGGCAAGUCGAAGAGCGUUACGUGCUUCACCUGCGAGACCCCGGUCGCGGACUGCAGCACGCUGUGUCCCAACUGUGGAAGCCACUUUCCGCCGUGCACCGCCUCUGGUCAGCCGUUGACCAACCCGACGGGGGCUUGGCAGUGCGGAACGUGCUACCACGUGGCCAAUCCGUUGGAGAUUACGACGCGUAAGACGUGCCCGCUUUGCCACACGGUGAUCGCCACAAAGGGAGCGGUGGAGGUUUGAAGAAAAACGCCUACUGUGAAGUUUGAAUUGUUUCAAUAAAUCUCAUUUUAUUUGAUAAGCAC